AAGCGAACAAGUGAGGCCGCUGGUCAGUGUGUUUAGUGUGUGGAGGGAAGUGUGUGGUAUAAUACACCUCAUCCUCAGUGUCGACCUCUUCUACACCUCAUCACAUGAGUGUUCUUCACUCACACACAUGUGAGUGACAUCACAUCUCGCUGUGAUUUAAUUAUUCACCCGAAGAGAAGAAUUGCAAGAGUAUUGUCCCGCGAUGAUGUUCCAUUGUGGAUUACCAAUGAGGUUUGUGACGCUGUGGUGUGUGUUGUUGGUGGGUGUGGCGGGGGGCGCUGCGGGGGAGCUGGGACCCCCUGAGAGGUCCUACAACAUCCUCAUGCUCCUCCCCGUCUCCUCCAAGAGCCACAGGAACGUCUUCGUGCCCCUCGCUGAAGUUCUGGCUCACCGUGGACACCAGGUUACGAUGCUGACCAACCACCGGAAGAUAGAGAAACAUCAUCCUAACAUCCAUGAGUUCACCCACGGACUUCCAGACUACCAGCAUGAAAAUAUCAGUAUGUUUGAUUUUCUGAAGGAUCCAACAGGCGGAUUGUCUAAACAUGUGAAAAUUGCUCCAAUCAUCGCCAGGGAAUUGUACAAGGUCUCAGCGGUGAAAGACCUUUAUGAAAAGAGGAAGGAGUUUGAUCUCAUCAUUGUGGACCAACUUUUCAACGAGGUGGCGUACCCGUUCGUGCACGAGAUGCCCUUCAUCAUGGUCACCACUCCAGGGUAUGACUACCGGCAGAGCGCCGUCCUGGGCAACGUUCUCCACCCUGGCUACGUGCCCAAUCACAUGACAGAUUACCCCAACCCAUACUCCUUCUGGCACCGCGUUCGCAACACUCUCACUCAUAUAGGAAUAGCCAUUUUCUGGCGGACUUGGGCCGUCGUGCCUCUGGUACAGGAAGAGAUCUCUGCCCAGUUCCCGGACCUGCCGCCGCUGCUGGACCUGGAGAGGAACCUGAGUCUUGCGCUGAUGAACACCCACUUUAGUACUGGCAUACCGAUGCCCCUCUUGCCCUCACAGGUGGAGGUGGGGGGCAUGCACUGUCGACCCCCCAGCCCUCUGCCCCAGGAGCUGGAGUCAUGGAUCACAGAGGCUGGGGCUGAAGGUGUCAUCUACUUCAAUUUGGGUUCCGUCAUGCAAGGCACUACCAUGCCAGUCAAGUACCGCGAUCUCUUCAUCGAGGCCUUCCGCAGGCUGCCGCAGCGCGUCCUCUGGAAGCACGAGGGAGAGCUGGAGGAUCUCCCAGACAACGUGAUGACUAGCAAGUGGCUUCCCCAGCAGGAUAUUCUUGCCCACCACAAUGUGAAGGUGUUCAUCACGCACGGAGGCCUCCUCAGCCUGCAGGAGGCCAUCUACCACGCCACGCCCCUCCUAGCACUGCCCGUCUUCGCAGACCAGCCCAGGAAUGCCAUGCUUCUGAAGAAAUUUGAAGUGGGAGACUUUCUGACAUGGGAGGAGCUUUCCGUGGACAUAAUUGUCAACACACUCACCGAUAUUAUUAAUUGCCCAAAGUAUAAAGAAAACGUGGUGAGGAUGUCAGCGGGGAUGCGGGACCAGCUGAUGUCGCCCAGGGAGCGGGCAGUGUUCUGGACGGAGUACGUCAUCCGUCACCGUGGGGCGCCCCAGCUCAGGUCCCCGGCGGCACGACUCUCCUGGGUGGAGUUCUUCAUGCUCGACGUCCUACUCCUCCUCCACCUGGCUCUCUUCCUCCUCAUCUUCAUCCUACGGCGAAUCCUCAAGGUCAUGACUACUAAAGCCUUUGGUAAUAACAACUCCAAGAAGAAGGAAUAACAUUGCUUUCAUCGUGUCAAGUGAUCUCUCAUUAAUAUUUUGUUAUGGAGACAUUAACUGUGUACAGUAUAAAGAGAUGUGUGUAACCAGCUCGUCGCACAUCACCUUGUUACAAAUGUAUCAUAACAAAUACAUAUGAUUAAAAAAAUUAUUAGUGCUACUAAAGUAUGAUGGUGCUGGUGACAUUAUAUUUGUAAAAUGUAUUCCGUCUAUCACAUACGAACACACCAUUUUACACUAUUUUAUAUCCCUAAUACAAGGCCAAGUACAUUAGAGGUAAACAACAUAGUCUGUUCGAAUAUUAUAUUAUACUCUUAAUUUAUAAUAUAAUAUAGAAUAUAUAUAUUAUACUCUGCUGCCUAAUAAUGAACAAAUAACUAUAUUCUUUCUAAGCUCAUGAAACAAGAGAUUUUCCUAUUUUCAUAAUAAGCAUUUGUGCAUUUCUUAAAUCGAACAUCAUGUCAUACUUUCAUAUCAGGUCAUUGGUUCGAGAGCCUGGAGGCCUUGGACACUCAACUCAGGGACCAAGUUAUGUCUCUUGAACUGCUACGGACCCAAUAGAGGGACCAUGUCUCUUGGACACCUAGUAUAGGGACCAAGUCACUGUAUAUUACAGCAGCACCCUUUAUUGUUUCUGAAUAAUAUAACAUAUAAUAUGUAUAAUUAUAAAUGAGUUUAGAAUGGUUGUCUGCGAUAGGACAAGCACAUUUCUAAGUACAUAGGACAUAAUGUAUGUGUAAUAAAGAAAUGUCUGGUCACUAUACCACAAGGAAGGUUCUUGAUUCAUUGAUAAGCUUAUGGUCUGUAAAGCCUGAAGAUGAAUUAGAAAUUUCUAUUCCUGCUGUCAUGCUCCUAUGAGCUAAGAAUGAAUAAAUAGGCGUUCAGUGAAGCACUAAUUUCAAUACAAAAUCAGGUAAAAUCUGUCUGAGAAAGAGUUAUUAUGUUUCAGUUGGCGUACUGUGUGGAACACCUGAAUUAGGGUAACUCUUGACUGCUGCUUCUUGACAGCAUGUAAAUAAUAUUGUAAAAGAAGGUAUAUAUAUUAAGUAAUAAAAUAUAAAACAUA